AUGUUAGCUAAAAUUUUAGUUUGUGCCAUCGCAGUGGCGGCGUGUUAUGGCCAGGAAUACGGUUACAAGUAUAAACCUGUACAAAGGGAACAAGUUAAAGAAUAUAAAUACCCAUCUCUUCAUAGUUCACUGGGAUUAGUUAAUCAUGAACCAGCUCCCAUACACGAAGAAGAAGCUGCAGUAGAACCUGUUGAGGUCUAUCAAUCGCAAGACCUUAAGAAUCCCUCAGUCGUGAACUAUAGACCCGUCCACCAUGAACCAGCCAUAUCAUCACAGAGCGUGGUACAUUUCCAGCCUUCUUCUCACCAUGAAUCUCAAUCUCAUGAAGCUUCUGGAGAAUACAACGAACAACCACUCGCCUACAAACAGUAUUACCAAGAGCAAGUGAAGCUACAACAGGGAGUCAAAAACAAUAUUCAGUCCCUGCAUUAUCCUGUACCGUCACAUGAAGUCAAAUCGUCUCAUGCCCCAGCUCAUGAGCAAGCUCAUUAUAUUCGUGUACCCGCUCAUCAUUACCAUUCUUCUAGCCAGGAAUCAGACAAUCAUGUUCCAAUUCAUCAACUUGAAUCCCACUCUCAUGAGGAACCGAUCGAUUAUUAUGUUCUUAUGGUAGUAGCCUUACUGGGAGCAGCAAGUGCUCAACAUUAUUCUCAUGGACAAGCCACCUCAUCCCAGUCCAUCAUUCGUUAUGACAACCAACAGGGAUACAACCACGUUCAACCUAUCGCCAUCCAUUCAGCUCCAAUCUCAUACCAUCAACCUGCUAUAGCUGUUCACGCUGCGCCAGUCUCUAGCCACGUCAGUGUUCAACACGCUGCUCCAAUCAUUCAGCACGUGGCUCCCAUAGCUCAUGUAGCUCCCGUGGCUUAUCAUGGAGUACCUGUUCAUGCUCAAGAACACCAAGAAUAUUAUGUAAGCUAG